CUUUACCGUCGACCACCAACUCCCUCCGCCUGCGUCUUGCCGCAUCCGUCUCACCCGCGACGACCCCUCCCCCUCCUCAGACGCGUUUUCCUCAUCCAAAUAUGAGCAAAAAGGGCGCAAAGGCGCAGAACAAGGAGCAAUCCUAUGACUUUCGCGACAUCGUCCUCGCGAAGGUCCGCGGCUUUCCCCCAUGGCCUGGCAUGAUCGUGGACCCGGAGACAGUUCCGGACACAGUCCAGAAGGAGCGUCCGAACGCGAAGACGAAAAAGGGGAAUUGGUACUGUGUACGGUUCUUCCCUGCUGGGGACUACGCCUGGAUAGUGCCCAAGGACAUCUCUCGUCUGCAGACGCACGAAAUCCAGGCCUAUAUCUCGGAGCCCUUCAAACGCUCUGGAGAGCUCCUGAAGGGCUACCGCAUCGCCCUCGAUCCCAAGGCAUGGGAGGAGGAGCGGGACGCCGCCCUCGUUGAAGCCCAGGAGGCCGAGGCCGAGGCUGAAGUCGAUCAGCUCGAAAGCGACGGCGAGGAGGAGGCCGACGACGACGAAGAGGAGAAGAAGAAGAAGCCCAAGAAGAGGAAACGCGACUCUGAUGUGGCCCCUAAGGCGAAGCCAAAGGCGAAGAAGGGUUCGGCGGAGCCCACUCCCAAGAAGCGCGCUGCGAGCGCGCCCAAGGGCAAGAAGAACGGCCCCAAGUCCAAGGCAGUCGUCGAAUCCGAGGACGAGGGCGGCGCAGAGGAUGGCGAACGGGAAGGGUCGGGUCCCAGCAAGAGGAGCUCGCCUCCCCCGGCCAAGAAAGCGAAACGUGAUAAGGACGAGGAGGCCGACUCUCCAUUGAUGAACGACCCCGAGGCUCUCAAAGUCAGGGAAUGGAGACACAAGCUUCAGAAGGCGUUUUUGAACACCAAGGCAACGCCCAAGGAGGACGAUAUGCCUUCACUUGACCAGCUAUUCACGUCGGUGGAGACCUACGACAACAUGACGAUCGAGUACCUGACGUUCUCAAAGAUCGGCAAAGUCAUGCGCCACAUACAUGCCCUCAGCGACGACAAGGUGCCGCGCGACGAGGAGUUCAAAUUCCGGGAGCGCGCGAAGGUGCUCGUCGACAAGUGGCACGACGUGCUCAAGACGACGAACGGUGCACCCGAGUCGAAGCCCGCCGCGAAUGGCGCGCGCAAAGAAGACGGCCCUGCGUCCACCAACGGCAAGUCGGAGAACGGUGCUACGGAGGCGAAGGCGAACGGUGUCGCCGCCAUGGAGGUCGACGCGGACGCGAAGGGCGAGGUCGAGCCUGCGGCGGAGGAAUCCGCUGACGCGGAGUCGAAGCCCGCCGAUGACGAGCCUGUCAACGGCGCUGCGGACGAGUCGAUGCUGGCGGACGUCACGAUGUCGGAGGCUGCAUAAUCCGGCAGCGCACAGCAGUGAGACAUCCGCCCGCCCGCUACCCACCUGGGGGCGCCCCGCCCUCGCCGCGUGUGACACCCCAACCGAAAUGGCCCCUAGUGCUUCCUUGCGCCCCGUGCUCCUCCCGCGCCCCUCGCCCCCCAAACGUCCUGCCGAACACAACGUUUCGACGGGCUGCUCAUUUUGUCGUCGGUUGUACGUUUGCCCCCUGUAUCCUAUAUUCCCCUUCCCGCCCUCUCGAUCGCGAAGUUGUCUAGUUGUCCCGCGUUGUGCUUUUUCUGCCCCCUCCCUCCUGUGACCCCGCCACGUACGGCGCCC